GGACGCUGCUUGUCGCCGGGGCAACCGGGAACGACAAAGCUUGACCCAGCUGGCCGCGGCCACACUGGCAGCGAUGGUGUCUAACCCUGUGCAUGGCCUGCCCUUUCUCCCGGGCACGUCCUUUAAGGACCCCACGAAAACAGCUUUCCAUAGAAGCCAGACGUUGGGCUACAGGAACGGCUAUGCAGUUGUUCGACGUCCAACAGUUGGGAUAGGUGGGGAGCGGUUACAGGUCAACCAGCUGUCUCCAGCAGAGCUGGAUGAGUUGGCCAAUAAAGCACCAGUUCUAACUUAUGGCCAACCUAAGCAGGCCCCACCUGCAGAAUUCAUUCCAGCACAUGUAGCUUUUGACAAAAAGGUGCUGAAAUUUGAUGCCUAUUUCCAGGAAGAUGUUCCUAUAUCAAGCGAGGAACAUUAUAGAAUCCGUCAAGUGAAAAUUUACUACUAUCUAGAAGAUGAUAGUAUAUCUGUAAUGGAGCCUGUUGUUGAAAACUCUGGCAUCCCUCAAGGCAAGCUAAUCAAACGCCAGCGAAUAGCCAAGAAUGAUGUAGGAGACCAUUAUCAUUGGAAAGACCUAAAUCGAGGAAUAGAUAUAACCAUGUAUGGCAAAACUUUCCGCAUUGUUGACUGUGACCAUUUCACACAGGUUUAUUUGGAAAGUCAAGGAAUUGAAUUAAAUCCACCAGAAAAAAUGGCUCUUGAUCCUUACACUGAACUCCGGAAACAGCCUCCUCGUAAGUACGUCACCCCAUCGGACUUUGAUCAACUUAAGCAGUUUCUCACCUUUGAUAAACAGGUUCUUCGAUUCUAUGCAAUCUGGGAUGAUACAGACAGUAUGUUUGGUGAAUGUCGGACCUAUAUCAUUCAUUACUAUCUAAUGGAUGAUACAGUGGAGAUUCGAGAGGUCCAUGAACGGAAUGAUGGGAGAGAUCCUUUCCCACUCCUGAUGAACCGUCAGCGUAUGCCCAAGGUUUUGACAGAGAAUGCAAAGAACUUCCCUCAGUGUGUGCUGGAAAUCUCUGAUCAAGAGGUGUUGGAAUGGUACACUGCCAAAGACUUUAUUGUUGGGAAACCACUUACUAUCCUUGGGAGAAAUUUUUUCAUUUAUGAUUGUGAUCCAUUUACUCGACAGUUCUACAAAGAGAAGUUUGGAAUCUCUGAUUUACCACGCAUUGAUGUGAGCAAGCAGGAACCACCUCCUGUAAAACAGGAAUUACCUCCUUACAAUGGUUAUGGAUUAAUUGAAGAUUCUGCUCAGAAUUGCUUUGCUCUUAUUCCAAAAGCUCCAAGAAAAGAUGUUAUUAAAAUGCUGAUGAAUGACAACAAGGUGCUUCGUUAUUUGGCUGCACUGGAAUCCCCUAUCCCAGAAGACAAAGACCGCCGAUUUAUCUUCUCUUAUUUUCUAGCCACUGAUAUGAUCAGUAUCUUUGAGCCUCCUGUUAGAAAUUCUGGUAUCAUUGGGGGCAAGUACCUUGGGAAGACUAGAGUUAUUAAACCAUUCUCUGAGGCAGAAAACCCCAUCUACUAUGGYCCUAGUGACUUCUUCAUUGGUGCUGUCAUUGAUGUGUUUGGCCACCGAUUCAUCAUCCUUGAUAUAGAUGAGUAUGUUCUAAAAUACAUGGAGAGCAAUGCUGCCCAGUAUUCACCAGAAGCACUCUCAUCAAUUCAGAACCAUGUCCGAAAGCAAGAAAUUCCUGCACCAGAACUGGAAAACAAGCAAGCUAAAGAGGAGCCAGGCAAGCAGGAACUGGAAGCCUUAAUUGACACAGUCCAGAAGCAACUGAAAGAUUAUUCAUGCAAAGAUAAYAUACAUGAAGCAUUUCAAGCUCAUGACAAGGAAGCAUUAGGAUAUGUGGACAGAGAGAUGUUCUUUAAAAUCUGUGAAUCCUUUAACAUCCCAAUUGAUGACUCCUUGGUUAAGGAGUUAAUCAGGAUGUGCUCUCAUGGAGAAGACAGAAUUGACUAUUAUAACUUUGUUCGUGCUUUCUCAAACUGAUAUGGCUGAUGAGAUAAUACAAUAUAAUUUUUUUAUGUUGGAUCCACAAUUGGAAAUAUAUCUU